CCGACGUCGAGUUAUAUUAGGACAACUUCAUCAAUUCUGGAGCUUAUCUCUCAUCAGUCUACUCUCGGGGAAUCCUUUCGAAGUCUGGAAUUUUGACCAUGAUGAACAAUCAGCGCGUUCGCCCAUGUUAAGCCCCUGGUUGUGAGACGCGAAAGUCAAAACACUCCUCCAGAUGCAGUGCUAUACUGAACUUCUUCCGCCUUCGGGUGUCACUCAUGCUCUAUCGGUCCAUUUCACAUCAGCAAAGACCGACAAUCUGAUAGUUGUCCGGACAUCUCUGCUUCAGAUUUUCCGGUGCAAGCAGCUCGACCACACCCACGACACCAAACUUGUCCUGGUCGCCGAGUACACUCUUGCUGGUACUGUCACGUCGCUAGACAAAGUGAAACUUGCAGAAUCGAAAAGUGGUGGAGAUGCUGUCCUGGUUGCGUUUCUGGAUGCUAAAUUGAGCUUGAUCGAGUGGGAUCCGGCAUUGCAUAGCAUAUCUACCCUGUCAAUACAUUACUACGAGCAUCAUGACCUGCAAUCAGCGCCGUGGCAGCCCGAUCUGGCUGAAUGUGUCAGUCAUCUGACGAUUGACCCUUCUAGUAGAUGUGCCGCUUUCAACUUUGGCGUCAGUAACCUUGCCGUCAUUCCUUUUCAUCAAGCUGGCGAUGAUUUGGCCAUGGACGAUUUUGAUGAGAUUGACGGCGAAGACAAGGAACGCCCUUCACCAACCAAACAAACGGAUGUCAACGUCGACGGACACGGAACUCCCUACAGCCCCUCGUUCGUUCUGCCACUCACAGUUCUCGACCCGGGCCUUCUACACCCCGUCGACAUGGCUUUCCUCCACGAGUAUCGCGACCCGACCAUCGGCAUAGUAUAUUCGACAAUGGCGCGCUCCUCAAAUUUGAGUGCAGAAAGACGAGACGUGACAAUAUAUGCGGUAUAUGCGUUGGAUCUGGAGCAAAAGGCGUCGACCACACUGCAGUCUGUCCAAAGACUGCCUAAUGACAUUGAUCGCAUUAUGGCUCUGCCGCUACCAGUUGGCGGAGCACUACUCAUUGGCGGCAAUGAGUUGAUCCAUAUUGAUCAGGGUGGAAGAGCGAGCGCAAUUGCUGUCAAUGAAUUUGCGAAGGACGCGUCCUCAUUCCCCAUGACCGACCACUCGGAGUAUAGGCUCAAACUCGAGGGUUGUCGUAUCGAACACCUGGGCAACGCUAGUGGUGACAUGCUGAUCAUUCUCGCGACGGGCGACCUCGCGCUGCUAACAUUCCGGAUGGAUGGCCGCUCCGUGACCAGCAUGGCACUCCGUCGAAUGGCUGAAGGACAAAUGCAGAGUCUUCUUCUGACAGCCGCAUCUUGCGCGGCCAAUUUGGGAUCUGGGUGUUUGUUCAUUGGCAGUGAAGCAUGCGACUCAGUCCUCGUGUCUCUUACCAGGAAGUCUUCUCAGUUGAAGAGAACGUCGUCUCGAAUGAAGCCUGAAACGAAUGGUUUCGAGCCUGAUGGAGAAGAGGAUGACAUUGAGGAUGAGGACGAUCUCUACGGCGAAGUCUACACCGGGGCUAAUGGGCAUAUUUCAGCGGACGCCAACAGCCAGACCUUCCAUUUAAUGGACCGUCUUCCAUGCAUAGCACCCAUCAACGAUUUCGUCCUAGGAAACCCGAAAAAGCGCAAACAUGAGGAGACGGAUGGAGUUCAAGGACAAGGAAGUCCGCAACGUGAACUUGCAGUAGCGUACGGAAGAGGCAGUGCUGGGGGACUCGCAUUCGUGUCAAAGUACCUUGAACCUGAGGUAAUCAAACGGUUCAAAUACGGAGAUGCUGCUGGACUGUGGUGUUUUUCGUCAAGCCAAAACCAAUCAGAAAAGAAGCAGGCCUUCGAUGACCUCGUGAUCAUAUCCCAGACCACGAGCGAAGGCGUGGGAAAGUCUUCGCUAUGUCGGCUGAGCGGUGGUAACUUGGAUCCUAUGGCAGACUGCGAAUUCGACGAGACGGCGGGACCGACUAUAUCAGUCUCAAGGCUAAAGACCACGGCUCACACUGUUCAAGUAUUGCCCACCGAAAUCCGAGUCUACGAUUCCGAGUUCGGGCUCUCGCAGAUCUUCCCCAUCGUGGACGAGGAAGAGGGUCAGUCGGCUAAGGCGGUCAAGAGCACAUUCGCAGAUCCGUAUCUGGCCGUGAUCAGAGACGAUCGGGUUAUGACACUGCUAAAAGCGGACAAAGCUGGCGAACUUGACGAACUUGAUCUUCCAACCCCGUUGAAGGACAAGACGAUUCUUUCUGCAUCACUCUACUUCGAUCACGAUGACUUUUUCGACACUUCAAGGUUCUACGGCAACGCUACUUCCGCUGGCCCUGUUCUUGCAGUCCUGACCGCGGAUGGCCACUUCUGCAUGUUGUCGUUGCCCAAUAUUGGGAUCCAGAUUUUCCAAUGUGACAGCCUACCAUUUCUCCCUACAUGCCUGAUGCAAAACUUGCAGGUACCCAAACAUUGGAGGAACAGAGACGAUCUGGGUGAGAUACUGCUAGCUGACCUCGGAGAUGCUACCGACUGUCGACCAUUUCUGAUGGUCCGAAAUCUAACGGGCGAUGUUAUUCUUUAUGAACCUUUCACCGAUCCCAACAUCCUGGGAAGCUUCAAAUUUAGAAAGGUGGCAACAAAACCUCCGGAAAAUACUGAAUAUCGAGCAGAAGGAGAAGUGUCUUCGAUUCAUCCCAUGCAAGUCGUCGCGGACAUUAGAGGCCACGCUUGUGUAUUCAUACCUGGCCCUUGCCCAUCGCUCAUCAUGCGCGAAGCUGCGACGAUGCCCCACAUUCACGAGUUGGCCACUACGUGGAUCAAGUCACUAAGUGGUGUACAUACCACAGAAUGCACGCAGGGCUUUGCUUUCUUAGAUGACCACCAGAAUGUUUGCUUCGCGCAACUAGAAGAUUCGACCAUGGUUGGUCAGUCAGACUGGGCAAUCAAGAGAGUUCCAUUUGGACAGGACAUUAGCUCAAUUGCCUACUAUGAACCGACCGACUCGUAUGCCUUGGCCACACAUUAUCCGAUUGAAUUCCAACUUCCUCAGGAUGAUGAAUGGCAUCCAGAGUGGCAGAACGAAGCCACAAGUUUUCUGCCAACUUCGCAGCAAAGCACUCUCAAGCUCAUCAGCUCCAAAAGCCAUUCGCUCAUCAGCCAGUAUCAUUUUGAGGCGUGCGAACGGAUCCUCUGUGUCAAAAGUCUUAGUCUGGAAGUAUCUGAAGAAACUCAUGAACGCAAAGAUAUGAUAGUGGUUGGCACCGCUAUUGUCAAAGGCGAAAAUGUUACUACACGAGGAAACAUCUACAUCUUCGAUGUGGUUGACGUGGUUCCCGAACCCGGCGUACCAGAAAGUGACCUGAAGUUGAAGUUGAUCACGAAAGAAGAUGUGCGAGGCGCAGUGAGCGCGAUUUGCGAUAUUGGUUCACAAGGCUUCAUGCUCGCCGCUCAAGGACAGAAAUGUAUGGUGCGAGGACUUAAAGAAGACAUGUCGAUCCUUCCUGUGGCCUUUCUUGACAUGCGCUACUAUGUCCAUGUCGCAAGGGAGCUGCGCGGGACAGGAUUGUGCAUACUUGGAGACGGCUUCUCCGGGCUAUGGCUUGUCGGGUACUCUGAGGAGCCGUACAAAUUGCAAGUCAUUGGUCGGGAUUUGGAGAAUCCCCCUGUCAUGGCGGCGGAAUUCUUGCCUGAUGGCAAGCAAUUGUAUAUCAUUUCAGCUGAGGAGAGCGGGAUAUUACGGGUUCUUCAGUACGAUCCUGAAGACCCCAAGGCAGAGCGUGGGACCAAGUUGCUGCUUCGAAGUACAUUUAACGCAGGAGUGAUGCCUACAAAAAUGUCACUGCUCCCACCGAAAAUGAGCACAGUCACUCGAGGUGAUCCCGCCAUGGAUAUGGAUCUGGAUGUUGCACAGAUGGCCAGCCUCAAUCGAAUUCUGGUGACUACACAGUCCGGAUCUCUGUGCAUGCUUACUCCACUCCCAGAGGCGGCAUAUCGACGGUUGUCAACGCUUCAGAACACGCUGCUGACGACGCUCGACUUUCAGCCUUGCAGCUUGAACCCUCGUGCCUACCGGCAAGUCGAGACGGACGGCAUCGGCGGCAGAGGUAUUAUUGAUGGUAAUCUGGUAAAGAGAUGGUGGGAGACGAGCACGCAGCAGAGAGUUGCUAGUGCAGAUAAAGCUGGAGGGAGCGUCUGGGAGAUUCGAGGAGAUAUGGAGCUCAUCAGCGGCUGUGAUCUGGGGUUUUAGGAUGACCUGGCUCAUCGUGGGAUUCACGACUCGGCCGCGUAUCGGCCAAGGUCAAGCGAGAGCUCUUCCUCGAUGGAUAUGGGUUUUAUGGAUCAUCCAGGACUCUCCCGCCCCGUCCGAGGAGAAUUCUUGGACUUGUGGAGGCGAAGCUCUAACCCCAUAGAGGAUGGCACCAUCAUGCACGAAUACUUGGCGAGAAUACGAGUAACGGGAGAGAAAACUUUUUCAGCUUGCAUCGAUCGCCUUUGGACUUUCCAUUUUCUAGCGGCGCAUGGAUGAAGGGCCAUAAUAAUAUGGGCCCCAUUUCUUCGGGGUCUUCUCGCAUUGUGCACAGUCCCUUGUCCCGCAAAAGGGCCUCAAGCGUGUCGUCUCUGCAGCUCAAGAUUGGUGCCGAAGUUCGCGAGGCUGAACCAUGAUGCCGCUUGCCCUGCUUGGCGACUGG